GUCAAAAUUGAAAACAGAAAUCUAAAAUCUCACAGAAAUCGUAGAACUCCAAUUUCCAGAUAAUUUGGAGGAAAAUUCGUGACGAUUUAAUUAAUAAGUCUGGAUGAUACGUAGAAAAGCUUACAUUAUGGGGCGUAUGUUGGUAGAAAAACAUAACGAGUGGAAAUUUUAACAAAUUGGAACAGAAAAGAACUAAACUUCAGUAUGGUGACUAUAAUAAAAAAUCAGCUACUUAAACAUUUAUCUAGGUAUACUAAGAACCUAUCACCGGAGCAGAUCUCAUUGUCGGCACUUCGUGGGUCAGGGGAGCUCCAAGACCUGACCUUAGAGGAAGACUUGCUCACAGAGUUACUAGAACUCCCUGGGUGGGUGAGGCUCACUUCCGCCAAAUGUAACAGAGCGUCAUUUAGAAUACAAUGGACCAAGCUCAAAACAGUUCCUAUAGUGCUGAAUUUAGACGAAGUGCAUAUAGCUCUAGAAGUAUGCGAGGAGCCGCGACCAUUGAGCCAAAAUGCAGGAGCGGCGGCGAUGGGCGGAAAAUACAGUUACAUACACAAGGUAAUAGACGGUAUAUCAGUUGCUGUGAAUCUAGUCCAGAUUGACUUCCGAUGUGAUGCGUUCACCAGUAGUGUUCAAAUCUCGCGCGUGACGGUGGAGUCCCGCACGCCGGACGGCAGGAAGGGGGAUCUCAGACUGACUAGAAUUAAAUCUCCCGACACGGGCCAGUUACUUAUAUUUAAGGAGUUGGAGUGGCAGAGCGCUCGUAUAGAGGCGAAGGCGCAGGGAGCAGCAGCCGCCAACCUGCCGCCGCUGCGGCUGCUGCUGGGGAACACGCACUGCCGCAUCGUCAUCAAGAAACGACUGUCAGACUGCGCGGUGGUGGGUUCUCGGCUGGCGGUGCGUCCGGAGCCGCUGGCGUGGGCGCUGACGGACGGUCAGCUGCGCGCCGCGCUCGCGUGCGCCGCCGCGCUCGCUGGCCCCGUGCGCCGCGCGACCGACCAGGCCACGCGCGCCAAGGCCGCCAGGAAGAUAGAGGAGCCGCGAGAGCAGAUACAGACUCGUGGGGGUGGGAGCGAGAGGGAUAUACUGGCGCGGAUGUUCGCUAAGCACGACGUGUAUGAGACCUCGUACCAUCUGCUGGCGCCGCGGAUAGACUUACAUCUGUGCGAUGAUCCUGGACUGGGGCGAUCAGAAAUGCCGUGUCUGGCGGGAGGUGGCGCGCUGCAAGUCACUCUGCUGGGCAUGCAGGCCGAUCUCUUCCCCUACCACCGCGCCGCCGGCGACAGGCGACAUUGGAAGGGAUACAGGGAGGCGGCAACUCCGCACAGUCAGUGGUUGUCGCAGGCGCUGUCGUCGUUCUGCGCAGACCUGCUAGACACACUGGACCCGAGACCCAUCACGCCCGUCAAUAAGGUUCCCCCGCCGAUGGGCAAUGGUGACACGAACGUAUCGAACGGCUCCAAACCGAGUGUUCCCAACAACAACAGUGCUUCCAACGCUCCGUCCACCACACCUACCUCACAAGCAUCUCCAACGAGAACUAGAAUACUCCAGCAGCUGGGCAAGCUGAUGACCACGUGCCUCGUGCUGCGGAUAGACGACUUCACUGUCAAUAAGGUGUCGACGGGUUCCCGGUCUCGCGAGGCGCCGCGGCCGCUGGUGAGCGCGGAGCGAGCGACGCUCCCUGGCGACGCGGGCCUGCUGCACGCCGAACUCACGUUCUUCUACUAUCCUGGCGACGUGUGUUUCCCGGUGCCGGCGCCGAAGCUGUACGUACAGGUGUCGCCUGUGCGUGUGUGCGUGGACGUGCCGAGUGUGACGUGGCUGUGUGCGUUCCUGCCUCACGUCGCCGCCGCGCUGCCCGACGAUCCCUCGGAUAGUGCCACGUACGUCGACGUGCGAGCAGAGGCGAUCAUGCCAAAAAUAGUCCUAGAGGCGGGCCCAGAGCACGUAUCGCAACAGCGUGACCGGCCCAAAGAAUUACACAUCUGCUCGGCGCGCGCGACGCUCACCAACGUGCGCGAGUCCGCCAGAUCCACCGGAGCGGGCACGCGUGCGGACUUAGCGGCGAUAAUCUCGGCCGUGCGUCGCGGCGCGCCCGCAGCGGGGCAGUUCCCGAGCGCGCCAGACGAUCUCGACCCGUUGCACGAACAGUUCCUACUGCACGCUGACCAGCUGGACGACAUAGAUCGCGGUACAGCCACGCACGGUUCUCUGCUGUGGCGCGAGGCGCGCGGCGUGUGGUGUGCCCGCGCCGAACCGCUGUGGGCGGACUUCUGCGGCGCGCGCGCCACCAACUACAAGCCCAGCCCUCUGCUCGAUGCCACGCCCUUUACUGCAUGGAUAUGUUUCGAGAACGGCUUCGAUCGCAUCUGGGCGCUGUGUCGCGCGGGCGGGCUGUGCGGCGUGCAGGUGAACCACUACCAGCUGCUGUUCCUGCUGCGCCAGCUGGAGCGGGUCAGCGAGCUGGCCGCCUGGCUCUCCCACCAGGCCGCCAGGAUGCCUGGCGCGGACCAGGGGUCCCUGGUAGCGGCGGUGGUAGUGCCGUCGGUGGAGCUGACGCUGGUGCUGCCGACCAGCUGCCCCGGCCAGGAGUCCUCGCGGGACGUCGACAGCGUGCCCAGCGUCCCGCUUGACACCUCCAGCCUGCAGGAUUUGAGGAUAGGAUCAGAGUCAACAAUGGCGCCGUCUAUGCUGGAGCGGGAUAGCGGGCUGCUGGCGACGCAGGCAUCCGUCGACAUCUUCAGCGCCCCGCCGCUGCCCGCCGAGGAAGUGGCCCCACCAAGCCCCGGACUUAACUUUGGAGGUCUAACGUCGGUGCGUCGCGGUCUAUCGUCGUUGGCGGCGUCGCUUGACGCGGCGCUGACGCGCGACGAGCGCAGCGACGCCGCCUCCACCGCCAGCUCCGACAGCGACCGCUACGUGGUUGUCGGCCUCGCCGCCGAGUCGCCCGACCUGGCCGACCUCGCCUUCCAUGAAUUCGAGCACGGACGUGCGGCGAGUGUGGGUGUAGAGAUGGCCGCGGAGGUCGUGGAGCGAUCCUCCUCCCCCAGCGAGCAUUCCCUCACUAGCUCCUGCAAGCGGAGAGACUUGAUAUCAACAUGCACGUUCCGGUUGUCCAACAUCCAUCUCGUACAGCAGAGCACGACCGGCCGCUCCGUCAUGCGGCUCGUGGCCGACGACGUGGCCAUCGACGAGUGCCCCGCCAUACCCUGGGACGAGUUCCAGAUUCGGCUCAAGAACAAGUUCUCGAUGCGUGCCCGCGCGUGGUCGGAGCCGUCGACGGACGAGUACGAGAGGAGAAAGAUUGAGCCCAAAAUCGCCGUGAAACUCGCGAGAAACGAGCUACCCAGGAUACUUAAUGAGAAGGGCGAACCCACCGGUUUGGCGCCGUUCGAGGAGCUGAUGGAAGCUCGUCUUCGAGACCUCAGCCUCGACCUCAACAUGAGCACCGCGCUGGCUCUCUCCGAGUUCAUAGAGGACGAGGUCAUACUGCCGCCCAUGCCGCUUGAUGUGUUAAUAGAGAACAUGAGACUGCACCUGAUCGAGGACCGAGCGCCACGGUCCAUAUCCUCGCCCCCGCCGCAGCCGCUCGACCUCGACCUCACCACGCUGAAGCUGCGCCGCGCGGACGACGGGGUCAUCCACCUCGGACCCCCCCAGGUCACCCCCACCACGCCCGAUGUCAACCAUCAGGCGGCUCAGGAGGUGGAGCGCCUGGCUAGAGAGAACGAGGAGCUAAGGAAGAGGAUGGUCACGCUGAGCCGGAUCGCAGAGGACAAUAGGGAUUUGAGAGCUAAAGUGGAGGAGGCGAGCGUAUUGCGGCAGUGCGUGCACGCGGCGCAGCAGGAGGCCGCCGCGCUGCUCGCCGACAAACACCAGCUGCUAGAGACCGUGCGACUGCUGCAGGAGCAGAUAUCUGGUGGAUGUCGCGGCAAGAGGUAGCGGUCGCGCGGCGCGCCGCAGUGUCUCGACUGCACCGCCUGCUGCGGCGACAAAAACACUUGAACACGACCCGCUAUAUGAAACAGACUUUAUGUGAAGCCCUAUUCUUAUACGUCAUGUGACCAGCUGUAAAUACAGUGAAAUACAUAAGGCGCCCUUGCAAUAGUGCGAAAUUGAUAAAUGAAGCGCCCAUGAUGCGAAAUGAAACGCGCUAUAGUGCGAAAUUAUUUUGAUGCUUCAAACUCGCCGCCAGUACUCCUGCUACUAUUGAUUACAAAUAAUGCAGAUGGUCCAAGUGUAAAAUCUUCGCAUUUAGGCACCCGUUAAGAAAACUAAAAAUAUUACAGUGCUAUACUUGUCGCAAUGCUAGUAACUGUUGCUAUCGCGGAAUAGAAAUUCAACCAUUGACCUAUCGAUGAUCCUUUACUCUUGCGUACGAAAAUAUUAUAACUUUGAAAACGAGUAAACAAUAUGUUCGUGCGCGAGUAAAAGAGACGAGCAACGCUCGGUCAAUAGCCAAAUUUCUCUUUCAUCCCCGACCCAAAUAUAGUGCUACUGAUUUCCAUCACAUUAUAUUCUUGAACUUUCAAGUAGUAAACAUUAUUUUGAAAGUUAUUCGAUUUGGCGAUUUGUAAAAUACGCCACACACAUUUCCAAUUUUAGCAAUCGAUUAUCGAAUGUAAUGAUUUUGUUUUAUUUUUUUAAUUAUAGUUUUUAUUGUUUGACUGUGAUGUUAAUAGGCGGGUCCACACCAAGCGAGCCGCCGCGGCCGAGGCAUGCUCGCCGAGGGCGAGGCGGACGGGCGUACACAGCAAGGUUGCCUCGCUCGAACAGCCCGAGCCGCUCAGUUGAGCACAAAGACACGAUGGUACCAAAACAUGUGACGUCCACAUUGCGCGCGGCAAACGACUGAGGCGCCUUUGAGCAUUUCAAAAAACCGACACCGCUCGGCUCGGACGCGCGCGCGCUCGCCCGAGCGUGAGCAUGCGCCCGCCUCGGGCUAACAACGUCCACACCAAGCGAGCGUUCGGCGCAUGC